AUGCCCAUCGCCGAGCUGCCUCGGCCGGGCGUCUACGAGGUCAAGGCCCUGGUGCCGAACGGCGGGGAGGGCCUGGUCUUGGAGGUCGGGACAACGGUUCGCAUCCUGGAGAGCCCGCUCCCCGUGGCCGCGCUGAGCGCCGCCCCGGGCGCCUCGGUCGGGUGCCCCGUCGUGCUGAACGCCUCGGGCUCCCUCGACCCCAUCGAGGACGAGAUCCGGUGGGCCGAGCCUAACCUGACGUAUAAAUGGGCCUGCGAGCACGUGGGCGGCGGGGCCGAUCUUCUCGCGCAGCAGGAGUGCGACAAGCUGGGCAGGGUGGCGGGCAACCCGGCCGUCGUGGCCAUCGACUUCCAGAUGUCGGGCAGCUGGCUGUUCACGCUCACCGUCACGCGGGAGUUCGACAAGAAGUUCAGCGUCCUCACGCACCUCGUCGCCGUGGUGGACGGGGUCGCGGCCACCAUGGCGCAGCCACCCGCAGAGGUUUCGGCCCAGCUGGACCUCACCAUUGAGCCCUACGUCGAGGAGAACCCGGCGUGCAAUGCCCCCGCGGUGUACCGGAGCUUGUGGAUGCUCCAGGAGGCCGACGGCGACAUUAGUGCCUGGUUCCUGACAGGCCCGACGACGAGCAAAGCGCUCCUCAUCGCUGCACCGUGGGCGGAGGCGCCUCCCGGCGUCUACCGGCUGCGCCUGGUGCUGACGCGCAACGAGUCGAGCGGGAACGCGUGGCAGUACCCGGCCGACUGGGACCCGGAGGACACCGCUGGGCCGUGGAUCUUCGACUCGGGCACUUUUCUGAUCGACGAGCCUCCGACGAACGGCAGCAGCGGGAUCCACCCGCUCUCGGGUAACAUGACCACGACGAAGUUCACGAUCACGUCUUCCUAUUGGGUCGACGACGAUCUGCCGCUGGCGUACAGGUUUUCCUGGCACGCUGGCUCCAGCGAUGCCGCCAGCCCAGUGUGGAGGGACCUGAGCUCGGGCCAGUGGAGCUCCUCGCCCGUCUUCGGCGACAUGGUCUUCGCCUCCGUCGGCCCCGUGACGGUGAGGUCGGCUGCCAAGGACUCGACACGCUGGGGUCUGUCUCGGUUGCCUUCGAUGCCGAGGCCGAGGUCGUCUACCCGCCAGUCCCUGCAGAGGAUGACGUGCUUCUGGAGGUCCUGA